CCGCGACACACACACACACAGCGAGGCGUCGACACGGACACGGACGCACACCAUCACCAUCAGUGAUCGGACUGGAGCACAUGAUCUGCGUGUGCGUGCGCGCGUGUAUGUGUGUAUUGGGCCGGAUUUCUGGUCGAUUGGAGAGGUUGUUGGUACUGCCUGACCGCAUUCCUAGCUGCCAAACUCGCCAUUGAAGCUGUACGAUCGAUCAAGUCACAAUGGGGCGUGCUCUUCCAUCAGUCGGAGUGCUCUGCUCCAUCAUUCUGUUGGCCACCAUUGUCUUUGGGGCCAGUGCCCAAGUCAAUGAAACUACAGCAAUGUCGACAACAAGCGAAGCGUCAACGACAGCAGCACCGACAACAACCACUCAAGCAACGACAACGACAACGACGACGACGACGCCUGAAACGACAGGCGACUCGACAACAAACGAAGCGUCAACGACAGCAGCACCUACAACAACCACUCAAGCAACGACAACGAUGACGACGACGACGACGCCUGAAACGACAGGCGACUCGACCACAAACGAAGCGUCAACGACAGCAGCACCGACAACACCCACUCAAGCAACGACGACGACGGCGACGGCGCCUGAAACUACAGCGUCGACAACAAACGAAGCGUCAACGACAUCAGCACCUACAACAACCACUCAAGCAACGACAACGAUGACGACGACGACGACGCCUGAAACGACAGGCGACUCGACCACAAACGAAGCGUCAACGACAGCAGCACCGACAACACCCACUCAAGCAACGACGACGACGGCGACGACGACGACGCCUGAAACGACAGGCAACUCGACGGCAAACGCACCGGCAACGACAGCAGCACCGACAACACCCACUCAAGCAACGACGACGACGGCGACGACGACGACGCCUGAAACGACAGGCGACUCGACAACAAACGCACCGGCAACGACAGCAGCACCUACAACAACCACUCAAGCAACGACGACGACGACGAUGACGACACCUGAAACGACAGCCAACUCGACGGCAAACGCAUCGUCAACGACAUCAGCAACAGCUUCAGCGACGACGGCCGUCGCAACAACAACAAACGCGACAGUGAUAGACUCAACAACGACGACGACUGAAGUGACCACGCCUGGUUCACCAACGACGACGAAAGCCGCGACCACCACGACCACCACGACCGCAGCUGCUGUCACCAUCCAAUCGGGUGGGGGCGGACCCAGCACCAAUGUGCCUUUGGUUGCAGGACUGACGGUGACCGCAGUGGUUCUAGCCGGAGUGCUGGUCAUCUUCUUGAGGAAGCGGCGCUUUCGUGGCUCUGACAAGGUUUACCACACGCGACUCAUCAAUGCCAACUUUGAUGAAGACUUUGGCCAGUAUGAUGAGGACCUGUAG